AGCGCGCCCGGAGCACCGCCCGUCCCUCCGCAGGCGGCGGCGGCGGCCCCGGCGGGUCGCGGUCGCUGUCGCUGUCCCUCGCUCCGCGCGUCGCCCCCUGCGGCAGCGAGCGAGCGGCCGCAGGGCAGCAGGGAGCCGGCGGCGCUCGGCCCGGCCGGGGGGCGCUGGCAGCGGCUCCGGGGCGGGGCGGCGAGGAGAGGAGGCGGGUUCCCCUUCCCCCGCCGCGGGCUCCUCGCCUCGGCCGCCCCGGCUGCGGCCCCUCCGGCGGGCGCACGGCCGGGCAUGUCCGCGGCGCAGGUGUCGGAGCGGCGGGGCUGGGGGGCGGCCCAGGAGCCCCGGCAGCCCGAGCCCGGCUCGCCCCGCGGGGAGGAGGUGGCGGAGGAGGGCGGCCGGAGCAGGGAAGCCCCGGCGCCCAAGGAGAACGCGUGGACGCGGCGCAGAGCCCGGCGGGACAGCCCUUCCCCGCCCGCGGGGCCGGACGGGCGGCUCGGAGCGCAGGAACCAGAACUACAAAAUUCCACUAAAGUGAUAAAAGCAGGAAAACCCAGGACAAGAAAAAGCAGCAAGGCCGAUGAUUUGGGCGAUAUCGCGAGCUGGCCGACCCCGAGCGAAAUAGCAAACAAUGAAUGUAAGACUGGAAGUCACAGUAAGAAGCCAACAAAUAGAAGAGAAAAGGAGGAGAAAUCUGAUCAAAAAAGCAAUAAUGGAAUCAAGGACAAUCCAGAGGCAAAGCCAGAUGGUCCAGCAGAUAACACUAGUGAAGAUGAAGCUCAAACUAAUAACCAAAGGAAAAAAGGUAACAAGCAGAAAUGGGUGCCACUUCACUUGGACGAUGUGAGGUCGGACAGUCAAGACAGAGCAGGCUCUCGAACCAGCUCCAGAUUUCUGCUGGAAACAAACAAGUUAAUUCCUCAUAACAACAGAAGGAAUGAGGCAAGAAGUUGGCGCCGCGACAGAGACAAGAGGGAGGACCACGACGAGGUGUGCAGCGUGAGGAGCGAGGGCGGCAGCGUCCGAGGCUUCUCCAGAGGCAGAGGAAGGGGGAGGAGCAGAGGAAGAGGACGAGGCAGAGCAAACCCCAGCAUGAACUUUGACUAUUCAGUUGGUUAUCAAGAGCUGUAUGGUGAAGGAAUUGACCAAGUGUUUCAGCCUGAGCUUAACCCUGGUGUGAUUUAUUACUAUGGGGACGGAACAGGAGUGCAGAUGUAUUCUGUGGAUGAAGCACUUCUCAAGGAAUAUAUAAAACACCAAAUUGAGUAUUAUUUCAGCACAGAAAAUUUGGAGAGAGAUUUCUUCCUGAGGAGGAAGAUGGACCAACAGGGAUUUCUGCCCGUGUCGCUGAUCGCCAGUUUCCGUCGGAUGCAAGCUCUGACCACGAAUGCUGCACUCAUUUUGGAGGCCCUAAAGGACAGUACAGAAGUUGAAACUGUGGAUCAGAAACUAAGAAAAAGGGUUGAUCCAGAAAAGUGGCCAAUUCCAGGUCCCCCUCCAUGCAACCUGCCUCCAACUGACUUUUCUCAGCUCAUCAAUUGUCCAGAAUUCAUACCAGGCCAAACAUUUGGCUCUCAUACUGAGUCUGCACCAAGUUCUCCAAGAGUGGGGAGCCCUCUCAGUCCAAAGGAAAAUGCUGAAUCAAGUAAUUUUCAGACAAUGUCUAAAGGACUGUCUACAAGUUUGCCUGAUUUGGACUCUGAGCCUUGGAUAGAAGUGAAGAAGAGGCAUCGUGCAUCCACUGUCAGGCUAAAGGAGACUGUUCCUGUACCUGAUCAAACACCAGAUCAACACCAGCCACCCCCACCUCAGGAGGAGCAAGAACAGGAAGAACUUGAAUUUUUGUUUGAUGAAGAGAUGGAACAAAAUCAGUGUCGGAAAAAUAAAUUUACUGAUUGGUCAGAUAGUGAUUCUGAUUAUGAAAUUGAUGAUCAGGAUGUAAACAAGAUUUUAAUUGUAACACAGACACCACCAUUUGUGAAAAAACCUCCUUGUGGAGACCGCGCUGGCAACCGUGCGUGCCGUGCAAAAAUUACAUCAGAACUGGCUAAAGUCAUUAAUGAUGGCUUGUACUACUAUGAACAGGAUUUGUGGAUGGAUCAGAGUGAAAAUGAUGCCAUGAUGAAGCAAGAGAUUGAGAACUUUAAGAAGCUGAACCUCAUUAAUAAGGAUGAAUUUGUUAGUCUUGCACCAGAAACUGCUGAUCCCACCCAAGAAGUUCCUCCAAGACCUCCAGGGUUACAGAAAGCAGAGGAGCUGGCCUGUAAUUUCCUGAGUGCUGAAGCACUUCCCACAGCAGGAAUGGCUCGAUCUCUGCCAACAGCAGUCCCAGAUUCCCCCAGAUUCCACCCUGGCUUCAUCCCACGAACACCUCGCACCCCAAGGCUCCAGGAUCCCAACAAAACACCCAGGUUCUACCCUGUUGUUAAAGAAGCAAGAUCCUUUGAUGUAAAGGCUCCAAGAAAAAGAAAAACUCGCCACAGUACAAAUCCUCCCUUGGAAUGCCAUGUUGGUUGGGUGAUGGAUUCCAGAGACCACAGGCCAAGAACUUCCUCUGUGAGCAGUUCCAAUGCCUCACCUUCAGAAGGAGCUCCACUGGCAGGUUAUGGCUGUACUCCAAAUUCUCUUCCCAAAUUCCAGCACCCAUCUCAUGAACUGUUAAAGGAAAAUGGCUUCACUCAGCAGGUGUACCACAAAUACCGGCGCAGGUGUUUAACAGAGAGGAAACGGUUGGGAAUUGGCCAGUCCCAAGAAAUGAACACACUUUUUCGUUUCUGGUCCUUUUUUCUGAGAGAUCACUUCAACAAGAAAAUGUAUGAAGAAUUCAAACAGCUUGCUCUAGAGGAUGCAAAAGAACACUACAGGUAUGGCUUGGAAUGCUUGUUCAGGUUUUACAGCUAUGGCCUGGAAAAGAAAUUCAGGAAAGAAAUAUUUGAGGAUUUCCAACAAGAAACCAAGAGGGACUAUGAAGCUGGUCAGUUGUAUGGACUGGAAAAAUUUUGGGCUUACCUAAAAUACUCUCAGCACAAGACUCCAGCUGUUGACCCCAAACUGCAGGAAUACCUGAGUAAAUUCAAGAGACUGGAGGACUUCAGGGUGGAUCCUCCUAUUGGUGAAGAAUCUGGCAGGAGGAGAGCAGGUGAGGAUUCAGGACACCACAGACAUCAGCCCAACUCUUCCAUAACCCUUCCUGCCACCAAACCCGCUGCUGCCUGUCAGUCCCGGGCACUGGGAAGUGUUUCCUGUGGGAAUACUGUGCAAGCCACAAAAUCUAUAGAAAGUGAUGUACCAGAAAAAUAGACUUUGGAUGAGCUUGUGCCCUCUAGAAUCAACUUUGGCAUCACUCCCUUAAUCUGGAGAUCUUCAAGGCCAGGCAGUCUCUGCUAUGUGAUUAAAAAUGUGUGGGAAGACAAAGGAUGGGAUGCUCUUUUUCACAGGAUAUAGUUCCAAAACACUUGCCCUAGGAGAGUUGCUCUUGGUUAUGGGAUCAUUGGAAGGAUGCUAGGGAAGAUUCUUUGGCUUCAGUAUUGCUUUCCUCAAGCUUUUGUUUACAAAGAACUGCAUUCCUUGCAUAUGCAAAAAAAAAAAACACUUGGAGGGAUGCCUUACAUUUCAGCUCAGAUUUCUUAAAAAAAAAAAGGUAUGAUGUAUACCCAUGUUAUUUACUGUGCUUUCCUUACCCAUAUUUCCCUGUUAUUUGUAUUUUACCAAAGCAAAAAAAAAAAAAAAAAGAA